UGAAGACUGAACGCUUUAUCUACGCUACUAUCAGUAUCCUUGAGAGUGUGUGAUGCUCAAGUUUGGUCCCAUUAAGUAUGAAUGGGAAACGUAUGGACAGCAUAUGGUCAAUCUCAACUGAAUAGUUGUCCAUUGUUUUCAGUCCGCGACGCCAGCCGAUUACAUCCACUCAUGUGGAGAUACGCUUUGCACUUACAAUAACCCAAGCAACCAACAAAUAUCCCCCGAAUACACAAAGUAAUGGGGGAAAUCGACAUUUCCCCUAAAUAACCGACGUGAAGGCGAGAAAGCGACAUUUCCCCUUCAUUUACGCUUUCGUCCGCUUUAUUUCCCCCUUUUCGCCUUUAUUUCCCACUUAUUGGUUGCUUGGGUAAUUCACCCCGUCUUGCAUUUUACCGAUUACCACUAUUAUUACUGCUGGUGAAACUUUAAAUCACCUUAUCUUGUUUAGUAGUUCACCCGCAUUUCUUACAUUUCCGACUACUUAAUUAUUUCCUCCUUAGUUUUAAGUCAUUAAACUAGUAUUUUUUCGGUUCCUGUAAUCUGGUUUACUUUGAUCUUUAAUCCCAAGGUUAUAAUACAGCCAAAUUGGCAAUUGCCUUAUAACGGAAUAGCUGACGGCACUAGGAUCCUCACUCUCUUAGGACAAAGGCAUUGUGCUACAUAAAUAUAUUCCCUGUUACUGAUUUUUACUUGAAUUCAGAAUAUUUGCAAAUGUCACUAAUCUUUUGGUUGUAGGGGGGCCUUUAUCCACGAAUAGAUUUGCUAAUCUGUUAGGAAUUUCAGUCUUCUUGUGCCACUAACGCACACAUCUUUAAUAAUGGCUUUCCAGUUAUAUCCAACCAAAUUUUGCUCAGAUGCAUUGUGCAGAUUUCUCUCAACUUCUCAUGUUAGGAACAAAAAAGAAGUAAAGUAUACGAUUAAUAAAAAUGUGACAACGGUUGAAGGAGUACUUGUCCCGUCAGAACGUGAAGGCAAAGUUGUAUGCUUGGAUGGUUUUGGUGACCCUCGAGAUAGAGAUCCAAUUAGUCGAUUGGGUUUAAAUAUUCGUCACACAGAUGUCCGAAUAUUAUCACAGUUUCUAAGACCUGAUGGAACUGUUCUUCCUAGACGUAUUUCAGGUAUAAGCUGUCGGUCGCAAAUCCAUUUGGAACUAAUGAUUGAACGCGCAAGGAAGGCUGAUACUCAAUUCUAAUGCUGGUAACUUAAGUAGUGAAAGAUUAUCCUUUCAUAUGUGUUCAUGAAAAUAUAAUACUAUGAAACAUUCCAGUGCAUACAAUGUUACCUCAGUGAUAAUUUUAUUUGGCUUUCAAUCACGUUACAGGAUCAAAUCUAAAAUAGUAUGAACAAUCCGGUAAUAUCGAUAGCUCUUACACUAACAUUGUAGCUUGAGUUAUAGUAAUUACAUUUAUAAGUCGUAUAUCCUUUUCUCUUUCCUGGAGUAUUAGUGUAACAUCGCAAUGGUUCUCAAUCAUUAAACCUCAAAGAAGUGCAACUACAACGUAAAUGUAUUUCACAAAACAGAUAGUCGGCUUUUUUUUCGUCAGCUAGGUUCAUUCUUUUGAGAUUAGUCUAUUUGUUUGAACACGUACAAGGAGGUACCAAAUAUAUAUGCGCCACACAAAUCAAAUGAUUUGUGUGAGGGCUAGGAUACUCUUCGGGUGCCCAAACUGAAGCAGGUAGUUUUCUUAGGGAACUACUCCUUGAUCCUUCGACCUACGGGUUUAAUCCACAAGGCAGUAGAGCAACGCUUGGAGAUGCAGCCCCAUGGUAGACGGUGACCAACAAUCGGUUCAUGCGCCACUUGUUCCCGCAGGAUCCCGGAGCCCAUGAGCGAUAUUGAUUUGGAAUCAGGGUUUUCCAACUCCUCUUGGUGGGUCCUCCGUGUCCAACAGCCCAGUUAAAAGGCUGGACAUUUGCUUUUCGUCCUCUCAAUUUCGUAAACAACAGUAAUGCCGUGAGAAGGCAGUGAAUAGGACUUCCUUGGCAGUGGCUGUAUACGCGUGGCCAUUUGAGAGCAUUUAGAGAAAGAGAGCAGACUUUCCCCGACUUUGGCUGAAUCAUUUAGGGACCGGCCACUGCACAGAAUUCACAAACUUAUUUCUUAUUUACACUAAGUAUUACAUAGUGAUCGGAUUAAAGUAAUAUUUUGUUAUUUCAGUUGGGAUUUAUUUCUUACCAACUAUAGUUUCAGAAUAGACUGUUAAAAAUUCCAAAUCUACAAAGUAAGAUUAUUUUGGGCUAAUAAAAGGAUUCACAGAUAUUACGUAGUACUGUUGUAGACUACCAAGUAGCUAAAUAGGAUUUCAGCUUGUUAAAGUAUUAUUUAUUUUAUUAUAAGAAAUAUCGCUUUCUAAAAAUUCUUGACCUCGUUUAGGCUUACUACCUGUACAAAUCAAAACAAAUGGAAGUCACGUGUAUGAAAGACGUGGUCCUCAUCGAUUCAAUGUGUACUAUGAUAGUGAGAUGAUAGGUCUUCCGAGAGCCUCAAAAAAAGCAGUUAAGUAUAUCCCUCCUGAGUAAUGUAAUGAAAAUUUACUUGCAUUAAAGUGUUUUUAAAUUUUUUUCUUCUGGUUUUACAAAAUACUUGUUUUCAGAAGAUGUUAUCGUAAUUCAGUGUGUGCCAGAUUUGUCUGGAUUUUCCUCCCGGUUACUUCACUCUAUAGAUAUUUUUCAAGGAAGUCUUCCAUUGUCUCUAGUCUUUGAGAUUCACUUUAUAUAACUAAUUCACUAGCCUUUCAGUCCACUUGUAACUCAUUAGUGUAGAGACUUAGCUUUUGAAGAGAUCUCUAUAAGUUUAGAUUCCGCUAUAAGCAUUGGUGUUUUGCCAAUUUUCGAUAAUGCAAUGAGAAGACGGAGGUUAUCAAAAUUAUGUGAUAUAUUUCAAACAAUGUGAUCACAUAUAUACACGUUAAGACAUUUUUGUAUGAAAACUAAAAAGUCAGCUAGACAGAUUUUUGUAUACAUUAUUUUUCUUUGUUACGGCUUAUCUUUAAUGUGUCGUGUGAGCCGUCAUAGGACGUACCGUUUAUAGUCCAGUAAACAAAACCUACACAUAAUUACUAUGUACGUUUCCUCAUUGUUCUUCAUUAUCAUAUGUUGUCGAUAAUGUAAACAGUCGUAUAUCGUAGGCUCUCGCUAUCUUGUAGCAAUAUUUAGAAGAUAUUUAAUUACUAUUUUAAUCUCUGUAGAACUGUUUAUUAAACUAUCUUGGCUAUCGUACUCAUAAAUAUGAUUGAUUAUUGAAGUCAUUGACCGUUCACUGUAGCUUUAUGGCUGCGAUCUUUGAAAUUUUAAAAAUCAAUUAAAAAGCCAGCGCAGAAUUUAUCAAUAACACAAAUACAAUAAUUCAACUUUUGGUUAACACCUUAUUAAGUUAUUCACUUUAUUACCCAACUAUUUCAUUAUUGGACCGUCUAACACCUUUUCAAUAUUCCCUUCCCUCAU